AGAGAUGGCCUGGGCGGUAGUGGUCGUGCUGGUGAUGGCUUUAACACUGAAUGGAAGUGACAGCACUCUCUCUGCUCUCAAUGUGAGCUGCCUGAUCAUAAACCUGGAAUAUAUAAACUGCACCUGGACUGAAGGUUGUAUCCCUGAGUUCAACUACACCUUUCACAGCAGGUUUGGUGUCAGCGGGUCCUACAUGGAGUGUCCCAUGUACCUGCUGGAAGGGGGGCUCAGUGUUGGCUGCAGGAUGCCCUAUCAGAAGGGUGAGAAGUUUAGCACGCUGCAUACCAGACUGUCCCGGAACAACAGCCACUCAGCAAGAGAGCAGGCCAUCCAUAUCAAAGAUCUGGCUCACCUGUACUUAAAGAUGGUGAGCUGA